UAUGGUGGUAAAAGAUUUCGAAGCUAGGAUCAAAAAUAAAAAAAAGGCCCGUGGAAAUAAAACUUCCUUCGAGUGGCCAGACCACUAAACCUUCAUCUACAUCUUCCUCUUCUUCCUCUUCCUCAAAAAACUAACAUCAAGCCUUCUUCUUUCCUAUCAAAAUGCAAGGGGCUUGCGUAGCAAGCUAACUAAAUUGCAUUCUGAUAUCUUUUCUUUUGCAUCCUAUAUUAUUGUGUUUACAGAAACGUGGUUAAAGUCGGAGAUUCUUAACUCCGAAGUUUUUCCAGGUAUGUACACAAUAUACAGGCAUGACCGGCCUUCCAAGCGGGGUGGUGGAGUCUUAAUUGCGGUUGAGUCCACCCUCACUUCGGAGGAGGUGCUUUUUGAUGAGCUCAAUAGCAUAGAAUUUAUAUGCGUAAAGCUGUCGGUUCCCGAUAGUCUUAUUUAUAUAACUUGCUCCUAUAUUCCGCCAUCCUCUGAAACUUCAGUUUAUUUUAAUCAUUUGUCUGUCAUACAGUCUGUUUCGGAUAAGCUUUCAGAUAAGGAUCAAUUGGUAGUUCUAGGAGAUUUUAAUAUUCCUGGAACUAUUUGGUCCCCAGAUGAAAGAGCAAAUGUCCUACUGCCUACAGGGUUGCCCAUAUUCGAUGGACCCAUCUGACGACGCCAUAACUUUUGACAGAGAUGCCAGAUCGCUUAAUGACAAACCGCGUUUGAAGCGUCAGUCCAAGCAGAUUUUUACCAUGG